GAUCUACAUCCAUUCUAUAUGGUAAUCAAGGACCACACAAGGGACAUUAUGAAUCCACUACUUUCCCUGGAGAGACCACAACAAAAAUAGUUUCACAACCAAGGUCAGCCCAGGUACCAGAAUGGCUGAUCAUAGUCGCUGCUCUUGUGGCACUUGCAUUGAUUCUUGCAGUGUGCAUUGCUGUUAACAGUCGGAGAAGAUGUGGGCAGAAGAAAAAGCUAGUGAUUAACAAUGGCAAAAGGGCAGUGGAGGACAGGAAGACAAGUGGAUUAAAUGGAGAUGCCAGCAAAUCACAAGAAAUGGUGCACUUGGUUCAUAAAGAGCAGUCAAAUGACCGAACAGGAGCAUGUGACGAAUUCCUGACCGUUAAUGAAACACAAAAUCAUCAGGAGCUUGACAUGAAGAGUGGAGUGUAAUGGCACCAAGUUGCCAAAUAGAUCAGAGCUGGGGAAAUCAAAAUCACAUGGAACUUGGACAGGAAUUCAUAGAUGCACUCUGCUACUGAUGCCUUUUGAACAUAAUUAAACAUAAAUUUUAUUCAAUUUUUAAUAAUUUUAAAAUUAUGUCUGGGUUACAAAAUUGAUAUUUGCUUUCUGAAAUAAGCCCCCAAGAGUUGCAUAUUGUUUUUAGUUCCCAGUUCCUACACAGAGGACACUCACUGUGU